GUGGCGGCGGCGGCGCUGCGAGCGACUCCGGCGGCGGCGUGGCGGCAGCGGUCACCCCGCCGUGCGGGGCUAUGGGGGCGCGUGCCGCCUGUGGGUGCCCGGCCAGCGGCGGCGCCGAGCGCCCUGCCCCGCUGCCGUAGGGAGCCCCGCGGAGCAGACCACCCACGGAAGCCCCCCGGGACCUGCUCGUCUCGGCCCCUGGCCCGCCGAGCCUUCCCCGGGCGUGGGAGAGGCGCUGUCCUCCCGCGCGGGCGAGGAGCAUGGGGAGAGCGGCCGCCGCAGGAGGAGGCGCCGGAGGGGCGCGCCGCUGGCUCCCCUGGCUGGGGCUCUGCCUCUGGGCGGCGGGAGCUGCGGCUGCCCGAGGAAGUGACAAUGGUGAAGCCCUCCCUGAGUCCAUCCCAUCAGCUCCUGGGACCCUACCUCAUUUCAUAGAGGAGCCAGAGGACGCCUAUAUCAUCAAGAGCAACCCCAUCGCACUGAGGUGCAAAGCAAGGCCAGCCAUGCAGAUAUUCUUCAAGUGCAAUGGCGAGUGGGUCCAUCAGAACGAACACGUCUCCGAGGAGACUUUGGACGAGAGUUCAGGCUUGAAGGUCCGGGAGGUAUUUAUCAACGUCACCAGGCAGCAGGUGGAGGACUUCCACGGGCCAGAGGACUAUUGGUGCCAGUGUGUGGCAUGGAGUCACCUGGGGACCUCCAAGAGCAGGAAGGCCUCCGUGCGCAUAGCCUAUCUGCGGAAAAACUUUGAACAAGACCCCCAGGGGAGGGAGGUCCCCAUCGAAGGCAUGAUCGUGCUGCACUGCCGCCCGCCCGAGGGAGUGCCCGCUGCUGAGGUGGAAUGGCUAAAAAAUGAGGAGCCCAUUGACUCUGAACAAGACGAGAACAUUGACACGAGGGCUGACCACAACCUCAUCAUCAGGCAGGCGCGGCUGUCAGACUCCGGGAAUUACACCUGCAUGGCGGCCAACAUCGUGGCGAAGCGGAGGAGCCUGUCGGCCACUGUGGUGGUUUAUGUGAAUGGAGGCUGGUCUUCCUGGACAGAGUGGUCAGCCUGCAAUGUUCGCUGUGGUAGAGGAUGGCAGAAACGUUCCCGGACCUGCACCAACCCAGCUCCUCUCAAUGGUGGGGCCUUUUGUGAGGGAAUGUCAGUGCAGAAAAUAACCUGCACUGCUCUGUGUCCUGUGGACGGGAGCUGGGAAGUGUGGAGUGAGUGGUCGGUCUGCAGUCCAGCGUGUGAGCACUUACGAAUCCGGGAGUGCACAGCCCCACCCCCAAGAAAUGGGGGCAAAUUCUGUGAAGGUCUGAGCCAGGAAUCUGAGAACUGCACAGAUGGUCUCUGCAUCCUAGAUAAAAAACCUCUUCAUGAAAUAAAACCCCAAAGUAUUGAGAACGCCAGCGACAUCGCUUUGUACUCAGGCCUGGGCGCUGCCGUCGUGACCGUGGCGGUCCUGGUCAUCGGCGUCACCCUGUACAGACGGAGCCAGAGCGACUAUGGCGUGGACGUCAUUGACUCUUCUGCAUUGACAGGUGGCUUCCAGACCUUCAACUUCAAAACAGUCCGUCAAGGUAACUCCCUGCUCCUGAAUUCCUCUAUGCAGCCAGAUCUGACUGUGAGCCGAACAUACAGCGGGCCCAUGUGUCUGCAGGACCCACUGGACAAGGAACUCAUGACAGAGUCCUCGCUUUUUAACCCUUUGUCGGACAUCAAGGUCAAAGUGGAAAGCUCAUUCAUGGUUUCCCUGGGAGUGUCUGGGAGAGCUGAGUACCAUGGCAAGAGUCAUUCUGGGACUUUUCCCCAUGGAAACAGCCGCAGCUUUACUGCCAUGCAUCCCAGAAAUAAAGCACCCUACAUCCAACACCUGUCAUCCCUCCCCACAAGGACAGAACUGAGGACCACUGGUGUCUUUGGCCAUUUAGGAGGACGCUUAGUGAUGCCAAAUACAGGGGUGAGUUUACUCAUACCACAUGGCGCCAUCCCAGAGGAGAAUUCUUGGGAGAUAUAUAUGUCCAUCAACCAAGGCGAACCCAGCCUGCAGUCAGAUGGAUCUGAGGUGCUCCUGAGUCCUGAAGUCACCUGUGGCCCGCCAGACAUGAUCGUCACCACUCCCUUUGCACUGACCAUACCUCACUGUGCAGACGUCAGCUCUGAGCACUGGAACAUCCACUUGAAGAAGAGGACGCAGCAGGGCAAGUGGGAGGAAGUGAUGUCAGUCGAGGAGGAGUCCACAUCCUGUUACUGCCUAUUGGACCCCUUUGCAUGUCACGUGCUCCUGGACAGCUUUGGCACGUUCGCCCUCACCGGAGAACCAAUCACGGACUGUGCCGUGAAGCAGCUCAAGGUGGCGGUUUUCGGCUGCAUGUCCUGUAACUCUCUGGAUUAUAAUCUGAGGGUCUACUGUGUGGACAACACGCCCUGUGCAUUUCAGGAAGUGGUUUCAGAUGAAAGGCACCAAGGUGGACAGCUGCUGGAAGAACCAAAGUUGUUGCAUUUCAAAGGCAAUACCUUCAGUCUUCAGAUCUCUGUCCUUGACAUCCCGCCAUUCCUCUGGAGAAUUAAACCAUUCACUGCGUGCCAGGAAGUCCCGUUCUCCCGCGUGUGGUGCAGUAACCGGCAGCCCCUGCACUGUGCCUUCUCCCUGGAGCGCUACACGCCCACCACCACCCAGCUGUCCUGCAAAAUCUGCAUCCGGCAGCUCAAAGGCCAUGAACAGAUCCUCCAAGUACAGACAUCAAUCCUGGAGAAUGAGAGAGAAACCAUCACUUUCUUUGCACAAGAGGACAGCACUUUCUCUGCACAGACUGGCCCCAAAGCCUUCAAAAUUCCCUACUCCAUCAGACAGCGGAUUUGUGCUACAUUUGAUACCCCCAAUGCCAAAGGCAAGGACUGGCAGAUGUUAGCGCAGAAGAACAGCAUCAACAGGAAUUUAUCUUAUUUUGCUACACAAAGUAGCCCAUCUGCCGUCAUUUUGAACCUGUGGGAAGCCCGCCAUCAGCAGGACGGUGACCUCGACUCCCUGGCCUGUGCCCUUGAGGAGAUCGGGAGGACGCACACGAAACUCUCAGACAUUGCAGAGUCCCAGCUUGACGAGGCCGACUUCAGCUACAGCAGGAAAAAUGGACUCUAGUCCACUGUCACUCAUGAGAGUGACGGCCCCCUUCGGGACAUGGCUUCCCAUGCGCAAUCGGCCGCUUCCCACCCAGUGGCAUUUGGGGAAUUCAGCCUUCAUUUAUAAUCAGUGAGAAUUCCUGGUUGAAGACACUGAAUUGUCUGUAGGUCUAAUACGUUAACAGGGCCAAGUACAAGCCCUCUUAAAUAUAAUGGGGCUCUCCUGUCUUAGCUGAAUCCACACUUGGGUUGACACUUGAUGAACUUCUCAGAUCUGGAGCAGCAAAGAUGAAAGUGAGGGCAGAUCUAGGUGGAAGCAACUGUGGGAAAGGGCCCCUGGAAGGCUGGGAAGGCAGAGAUGGAGUAAGUGCACAUGCUGGAACAGGUUUUUAAUGAUGUGCCCCAAAGGGCCAGCUGAUUCUGGUACCAUAUUGUCAGAGUAUUCUUUCCACUGGCAUCUGUGAUGUCUGAGAGGUGGGGCUACCAACCCUCCUAUAUGACUUCAGCAAUGUCAAGGAAGGCAUUUAGGGUUAGAAGCUGCGUGCACCACACCAGCACCCAUUCCCUGUUUAUUCUAGCCACUUAGUGGAGACAAGGCUGAUAGGUAAGACAGGCCACAAACUAGUUCUUGGGGUAACCCCACCUUCAUUUUUUUCCCAGAGACAAAUCUACCCCCCAUUCUUUACAGUAGAGGACAGGUUGCAAAGAGCAUAAUUAGACUUUCCAAUACGGAAACAUAUUUCUUCGAACUCAGUGAAGUAGAGCCAUCCCUGUCCCCGGCUAAGCCACUCAGAUUGCAGAGCGCUCUCAGAACACAGCUGAUGCCAUGCGUCCGGAGACAAAGGUCAAAUCCAGUCCGAGGGAGCAUGGACUCAGAUGCCACAGGCCUCAAAUAAGAGGAAAUUCUAGGAUGGGCGUGUUGAUCCAGUUCCCAGCAUUGUAGUCAUACGGGCUAUGGGUCUCCACUGUCAGGUCAGGUUCUUGAAAUGCUCUAGCCUGUCGGUACUGUCAUCACAAAAUCUCUUGGAGGGCUAUAGGCCAUCCUCCUUUUGCCUUGUGAGAAACUGGUAGAGAGUCUUUGCUGUGAAUGAUGCCCAUAUAGAUAGACCUGAGGAAUAUCUCUCUCCCAGUGUCCCAGAAGCCACAUGCACUGUUCAGGAAUCCCUCAAGCCCUGACUCUCAAUUUCACCAAGUACACUUUCUCUACAGGGCCAUUAACAAAUGGCUGUUGUUUUAUGAUUCUUUUUUAAAGUAAAAGGCAGUGACAUAGAGAACUGAAAUCCACAGAUAAUUUAUGACCCCCACUUUAACCCUUUACUCCCUCUUUUAUCCUACUAAAUCAUGUGACAAGAUGUCCUGGUACACCAGGGAUGAUCAGGUCUGCUCCCGCCCGCCCUCUGGUGGCCGUGUCAAUUAUCUGCCCACAGUCCGGACACCCGAAAUCAAGGAAUGACAUUAACCACGAGGCUGAUUAGCUACCUAGGAGCUACGUUAGAACAAAAGUAAAAAUAGUCGGGAAAUGGAGAAAAUGGGGAGUCUUGGCCAUGGGAAUACAAUCAAUUUUUCUUUAACAUUUUUGUAAAUCCCACGUAAAAAAAAAUGUGAAUCCCCACCUAAGUGAAAAUGACCUAAAGAUAGGUUGAAUUUAUGGUAUCGUGGGUAAGGCACGGAAGAACACUUGAAUGUGCUCGCCAUUUUCUGUAAUGGUACGUAUGGCCCCCUGUAUUUGAUAGAAGGCUUUGCUGCGUGAAAUUCAAAAGAGUCUUGCUUUUCUCAGGAACCAAAGGCAUAUAUUACAUAGAAAACAAAUCCUCUUAGAACCAUCAGGCAUAUUUUCACAAUACCAUAUCUAGGUCAGAAAGACACCCUUCCAGAGAGCAACAGAGACAAAGCAUGAAAGUCUAAAACGUUUGACAUCCCUGAUAGAAUUUCUCAAAGAAAAAGAAAUGGAAGUAGAUGGUCAAUCACCCAAAAUAAACAGUUGAUUUGGCACAGGUGGUAUGCAGAAAGAAUCUGCAUUCACUGUUGAACAAUAACUUGCAGAAAACACAUUAUAGAGCUUUUGUUAGUAUCCAUCUGGGAGGACUUUUGUUUUUAAAACCUUCCUACCUUUUCACUCUUCCGUAUGGGCCUUAGAAUUGUUAUAUAUUAUUCUGUGAAUCCACACAGAUCCUUUUUAGAUUUUUGAUAAUGUCUUUUAUAUUUUAAAACAGAUGGAAAAUUAUGCUUUCCUUUAAAUAUAUCUAGAUUAUUUUAAGAUUAGAGGUGAUUAUCAAUCCUUGAAUGUCUGGAAUUUCCUCCGGUGGAUUUUUGUUUUCUUUGGGAUGGAGUUUUAUAAGUGCACUCAAUCAUAUCAUACUAUGUUUCCAAGGAAACGAAUUAACAUGAUUCACCUUUGAUUUCAGCCCAAGGUUCAAAUCCACCUUUUGGUCCCUUUCUUUCCCUCUUUACAUUUCUCUCUUAUUUCUGCUUGCAUUCCACAGACAUGUAUAAAAUUCUGUGUCCACUGCAUGUCAGGAAUGGGCAGUAUCUUGCAAAAGAAUUCCAAAGAGAACCCAGGUUUGUGAGAUUUAUAGGCCAAGGAACAAGUGUGUGUGGCAGGGGGGCAUGUGAAAUUGCAUAUCACAUAGACUUAGCUGAUACUUGAGCUUCCUAAGGUCACUUACUGGUACCUAAGCCCUUGUUCCCAUUACACACAAAUGCCCCUCUUGAAAGAGAUUCAGUCUGCCAUCCAAGUGUUUAGAAGACUAGAAGUCUUGUCCUAGUGCAAAAUGAACCAAGAAAUUAAAAGUGGCCCUUAAUACUUGGUAGGUCAAUUAUGGUAUUUACAAAAUAUCCCACUGAGUGCCAGACCUUUUCAGUCCUCAAAGGCAUUUAAGUCUAAUAGUCAUACUUUAACAUUAUGCCACCAAAAUGGUGUACUUCACAGCUUUCUCAGACUGCAGCAUCAUAAAGUUAAUUUACAGUUUUUACAACAUUGCCUGUGCAGUCUUACUGGUUUCCAUUAAAAUCCUUUAUGCCAAAAGGAAGCUCACUCCAUGGAUUUAAAUGCAAACUUCAUUUACCGGUGCAGAAAGUCUCAUAAAACUCAGAUGUACUCCCACAAAAAUUUUAUUGGCCUUUUUUGUAAGAGAUGAAUAGGAAUUGACACAGUUCUCUUUAAAGAGGGGAACUUUCCUUUUUUAUUAUUAUUUUUGUCUCCAGCUGCAGGUGUUAUCCCUUGCCAUGGUCCCUGUAUUUUUCUUUCAAUUGACUCUGAGAGGGGAUGCUAACUCAGAUCACUAAAUAGGGUUCCUUUUGGAUUAAAAGUUCUGGAUUUAUUGCAGCUAUUUUCCUUGAAAGAAAUUCUCAACAUCAGGAUUGAUAAGCAAAGGUAGAAUAUUAAAAUGGUAUACAGAUCUUCCUCAACUUAUGGUGGGGUUACAUCUUGAUAAACUCGUAAAUUGAAAAAUAUUGUAAGUUGAAAUGUAUUUAAUACAGCUAACCUACAGAACAUCCAUUAUAUCUCAGCCCAGCCUACCUUAAACAUGCUCAGAACACUUACAAUUGCCUACACUUGAGCAAGAUCAUCUAGCACAAAGCUUACUUUAUAAUAGAGUAUUGAGUAUCUCCCGUAACUUACUGAAUGCUUUACUGAAAGUGAAAAACAGUGGUUCUGUGGAUACAGAAUGGCUAUUUCCCUCGUGAUCACAAGGCCAACUGGAGCUGCAGCUGGUUCCCGUCACGAGAGACAAGCCUACCACAUCUCCCCAGCCCAGGAAAAGAUAGAAACUCAAAAUUGGAAGUAUGGUUUCUUCUAAAUGCAUAUCACUUUUGCCCCAUCAUUAAGUUGAAAUAUUGUUAAGUCGAGCCGUCGAAAGUCAGGGACCACCCGUAAUUGGUUUUCGGUAGUAUUCUCCACUUGCCAAACUUCUGGCAGAUUUACCUGUGAAUUUCAAAAUGUUAUACAAGUGUUUGGUGUGCUUUUGUUUUUCCCCUUUCUACCGCUCUGUCUCAAGUUUCUUGGUCCCUCUGUAAAGGUGUUGAAUAACAAAACUGUCAGAUACAUUGAAAGGGACCUUCUCUCUGAGGUCUUUCUUCCAGAUCUGUGAAGGUCACAGGAACCGGGAAGGAGCUGAGGAACGAGUCUGGCCCAUUGUGUGGCCCAUUUUCAUUCAUUUUCCUCAUGAAACAUUGCAAAGUUCUGAAUCCGUAGUAACUCCCACUGACAGGACUAGAGGUGACAGCCACAGCAAGUGGGAGAGCAAAAUGUUGUCCUACAGACAGUGACAAAAUUUUAGUAGCCCUUUGGUGUUAGUUGCCACAGCACCAUAUUUGAAAAAUCAAUGCUUUAGCCAAAAGCUGAAUGGCCACCGUUUCUGCAGUUUCCUCUGUUUUGUCUGCAUAGAAUUUUCCUGAGAUACAAGCAAAAAUGUAUUUUGUCAAAUGUCACAAAGUGAAAAUGUUAACUGACUUUAGGCGUGUUGCAUAUUUUGUGUUUUUACUUUUGAAACUCUUUGAAAAGCUGCAGUUAUAAAGCUGUUUGGCGGUAUUGACAGCAUGUGAUGUUUCUGCUAAAGCAAUUCUAAGAGAGCCGGUGUCUAACACGGACUCCUCACAUCCCCAAAUGCAGGGUCAACAAGAUCGAGAUGGCAAUUUGUAUGCUGUAUUUUUCUCAAGAGAUAAAAGGGGAUGGAAGUCAGACCUGGCCAUUAGUCACUAGUGUGUAGUACUGUGAUCUGAAGUAGGAAAUUUAACUCACAUAGAAUAAUUGUGGUUUUUGAAGCAACUACUUUGCUUUUUCCUUUUGUUGUGAAGAUCAUGGAUUCGGAAUGUCUUCAUGAGGUGGGCCUAAGACAGUAACAUUGAAUGUCAUGUCUUAGAUCCCACCCUCCAUCUGAACCCAAAGAUAAAAAAGGCAGUAAGCUUCAUGUUUAGGCCUAAGCUUAAAAAAAUGUCCUCCUCCCUCCCCUAAUACUGAUUUUGGCAGGGGGUACAUCUUUUUUCCCCGAAAUGUUACAGCCUUGAAUUAUAAAAUAUCCCUAAAUUCGGUAAUGUAAUUCUUGCAUGAGUAGAAAUGUGUGUUAAAUACUUUUACAAAAGGCAUGAUUACAAUGAAAAUGUCCUUUUGCCUCAAAUUUUGCUAACCCCAGAAGUAUUUCAUUAUUUCAAGCAUUAUAUACAUACAAAUUCCCAAACUGGACAAAUUCUACAAUGCCCUUAAAAUCGGAUAGAUACUGUAGGUAGAGGUUUAAUUGUGGCUCUGUUGAAUCAUGAAAAGUACGGAUGGUAUUUGAGGGAAGUUCGCAAAGCAGAAUAUCAUGCCUUCUGACCUCAUCACUGAACAGACAUUACAAUCAGAAACAGGUCCGACAGCUCUGAUUUCCCUCCGUUAGCUCCCACACUGAAGGGAGUCACUCUUUACCAGGGGCCUUCGGCUAGGCUUCAUCAGAGGGCAACUUAAAAAUUUCACCCAGAAACGCUCCAAGGCCUAAGAUCGUGAGCCACUCCCGCUCCAAAUUUCUCCAGAGGAAGGUGGGAAAAGUCAGUCUGAGGGAAUUUUCCUGGUCAGGAAAACAAUUUUCUCCUGUUCUAAACUGGAAUAAAGAUGGAUUAAAAAUGUCCCAUUCUUGAUGACUAAUUCUAAUUGGUACAUGUAAUAAAAAGUAAGGGUCAACCUAUGAAUAUUACAAAUAGAUGCAGUUAGAGAACAACUGGCUUAUUUUCCUAACCCAGACCCAAAACUUAAUGAAUAAUUGUUUACCUCCAUUUCUGUAUGGAAGAAUUUUUAAACAGAUUUUAUAUUGUCCUAUUUAAUUUGGGAAGGCAUGUGGUGGGGGAGGGUGGCUCUUUCAAGUGAUUCAUAUCUCAAACCCAUACCACUCCCGACUUCUAUUUGAUGUGUUUCAAAGCUGAAAAAAAAACCCACAAAAAACAAAAAGCGAACACUUCAUUUGACAUGAAGCUGAAGGAGUGACAAGCCAGAGGAGCGAUUUUAAAUAAAGCAUGGCCUUGGCUUCAUACCACACUUUCUGUGCCUUGUAUUAUCAAUGUAAAUUCUGAAUGUUGUACAGUAAAUAUUUGGGUGGACUUCUUAGAAAAGGCUGCACCGGCUUCUUUUUUCAGCACAUGUACAUAUCUAUAAAUAUAUAUACAUAUAUAUUUGGUAAUGCCAAACAGCUGUGUUAUAUUGUAUUGAACAAAAUGAACAGUUUGGAUGUUUUAUGUAGAGUUUGAAAAAAAAAACUGGAUGGUUACAGACUUUUCAAGAUAAAUGUACAGACGCAAAUUACUGCCUAUCAGUUAUUUAUGAAUAAAGAGUCUUUUAUUGACAUUUUAGGAUACUCCAUGAGUGGAACUUUGAAAUCCCAAUGAGGAAUCCCUCUACAGACCUCCUGCCACGUCCUGGCAGGGGCAGGGAUGCCCUGCGCAUCAAGGACGGUUUCUAAAGUCCUGGUGGCAUAUUGAACUUGCUCUUUCUGGCCUCAAGAAUGAGACACGACCAGGCUAUGGGGAGCAAGAAUGAGAUGAUCUAUUCCUAACCCAUCCCAACACGUGCGCGUGCGCAUGCGUGCGUGCGCACGCACACACACCACCUGUCUUUGGAAUGUAUCUGCAUACACUCUGAGAUAAUCCCAGCCAUACAUACUAUAUAAUUGGUUGACCAUUCACCUUAUUGCUCAAAAUGCUUCUUUUUGUUUGUUUGUUUUCUUUUUUUAACAGACACUUGAACAGAAAAAUUUCCUGCCUCUCCAUGGGAAACUGUUAAGAAAAUAAGUACAAUAUCGCACAUUUCAAUGUCUUG